GACAGUAAAGUAGACCAAAUUUAAUCAAAAUGUUUAAGAUAGAGUCCUACAUCACCCCCCUUUUGAUGGGUUAUGUAGAUAAGUAUGUAAAGCUACGACAUGAAGAUUUUCAGCUCUCACUGUGGGGAGGUGAUGCAGUCCUGAAUAACCUUGACCUGAGAUUGGAUGUCAUUGAGAAGGCCAUUCAGCUUCCUAUCAUCUUUAAAAGUGGCCACAUUCAUGAGCUGAGAAUACAUGUACCCUGGACAAAACUAGGAUCUGAGCCAAUUGUUAUAACAAUUAAUACAAUAGAAUGCAUCCUGAAACUUAGGGAAUCUGCAUAUAAUGACACAGCUAGUUCUCAAACACCAGAAUUAAAGAAAUCACGAUCAUUCCAGGCAAAACAAAAGCAGAGACGACAGCAAGCUGGAGAAGACCUUCCUCCGGGCUACCUACAAAGUCUUAUGAAUAAAAUCUCCAACAAUGUCAGUAUAGUCAUUAACAAUUUAAUUGUGAAAUUUGUGGAGGAUGAUAUAGUAUUGUCCAUUAAUGUGAAGUCACUAGAGUGUUUCAGUGUGAAUGAGUUGUGGAGUCGAGCCUUCAUUGAUCUGUGUCCACCAGAGCUUGCUCUUAGAAAGUCUAUCAAUCUCUCAGACUUAACAAUAUGUCUAGAUAAGUGUGACAGCAGUGGGAAGAUAGAGAAUUAUCAGGACCCUAUGGUGUACAGGUGCUCUGUCACUGGCAGAGUCUACCUGAAGUAUGACUCAAUCAAUGCUAAGUUCCCUAGCAUCACAAAGUUUGACUUGUUUUGUGAGACUUUGGAUGUUUCUCUGACUGACACUCAGCUGCCGUUGUUUUUCCGCUUGAUUGAACUUUGUUUAGCAUUGUACUAUGGCACACUUGAGUUUCCGAGCUCGGUGAAUGAACAGGAGUCGAGUGUGAAGAGCACAGAAGGGAGUGAUGACAAGAAAGUGGAAGAUGAUGAGAAUCAAAGGGUGGAGGAUCCAGAAAAUCAACAGAGCUGGUCCUCCUGGGCUUGGUCCUAUGUCCCCCAGAUCCUCCCCACUGGGGAGGAGGAGUUACAAGCUGAAGAAAGGUCCCCGAAAAAGAAACCACCCCCAGCUGUGUUGGCCGUAGGAAUGUAUGCUCACAAAGCCUCACUGACCUUUAAGCUGACAGAAAAGAUGAGAGAAAAAGUACAUUAUGGUCCUCAGAAGAUUGCCUUCAGACCUUUUAUGUACAUGGAGGCUGAAGGAAUAGGUGUGGACAUUGUGAUGAAGGGCCUGACCUUCUUCAAUGUCCAGUUUGGAAUCAGCAACAUAAGUCUGGAGACCAGGGGGAACUGUAUCUGUGGGACAGAUGAUGCGGAGGAUCAAAGGAGCAAGAUGAUUGUUAAGGGAGGAGAUGGUCUCUCUGACAAGGUUGUCAAUUACUACAGCAGGUCAUUGUUUGACCUUGGUUGUCCUGUCAACCAAGGUCAGGUAUUGUCCUGGACCUUUGAUGGCCCAGAACACUUACAGACAUACACUGAACAGGCUGCCAUUGACAAGUUUGGGGUGUUUUUUGUGGAUUAUCUGUAUGUGAUGCAGCCAUACGAGGACUCGUCUCAAAUGAUUGGGAGCACCUCCUCAAUAUCUGAGGGAGAGGAGCCUGUGUUUCUCAGGGAGACCUCGUUGAUGAGGUACAUUGUGGGGAGCUGUCAGUUUAACAUCUCGUCCUCAGCUGUACACAGAGUUCAGAGGUUCAUACAGGCAGCUCAGAACCAUAGCUAUGAACCUUACGCUAAAACAAAAGAUGAGGUUGUGGACGACCAGAGGCCAGCACCAACAGAUGUCCAGGUUUUGUCCCUGGAGAAUGUCAUACCCACCCGAACACAACACCUCACCAUUAUACAACCAUUCAUCUCUGUCUACUACGCUCAACAUGAAAACUGUGAUAUUUCAAAGAAAUCCUAUAAAACUGUUCAUAAACCUUCCAAGGUUUCAAAGGAAGAAUCAAAUUUCCCAAAGCCAGCGUCUGUGAUAUUACCAGUGGUUGCUAUGACAGCUGUAAAAUUUGAAUUUCAAGUCACUAACCCAAUGUAUCCAAGAAAACUGAUCAAAUUUGUCAGUAAAAUGGCUGCUCCCUCUGCUAACCUUCUCCAUAACUGCCACUCUCACACACAAUUUAAGUUGUUUGGAGCUGCCAUUGGUCUGCAGACUCUCUCAGAAGAUUUAGCAAAGUCACAUGUCCUAUCUCUUGUGCCUGAGUUCAGUGGUGCCAUCUACAACAAGCGUCUGCUGCUGUCCAUGUAUUGGAACAGUAAGAGGCAGCCCAAGACGGAGCAGAUUUAUGAACUUCCUCAGGCCACAGUCAACUUUACCAAGGCCAGUUUACUGCUACUGACCCAGAUUGUAUCAUCAUGGCAACAGAAGAUACCAAAGUCUGCUCUUCUUACAGACACCAGUCUAUUGAGGGAUAACUUUGUGGAAGAUGCAGUGAACAUCCCUGUAUUAGAGUUGAGUGUGUCAGGAAUGGAAAUGAAGAAGUGUAAACUGGUGGACACUCAGGCCUGUACUGGUACCCUGUCCUCAGUCAUGGUGACACUGUACUUGGGGAGGAACUCACCGCCUAUCCCAGUGUUCACUGCUCCGGCCGACACCAGUAAAAUCUCCACAGAAGAGUUCUUCAUGCACCAGACAACUUACACUGAAGAAUCCAAAGAUUUCCUCACAAUUGUUUACCAGAUUCCCAAAGAUCAGGCAACAGCAGAGGUUCCAACUGUAGCCUUGCUGAACAUGGAGGGAUUUGUAUGUAAUAUGGACCAGUUAUUAAAUGAAUGGUUUAAUUACACACCCACACUAAAGAAGAAAUCCACCAAAAAAGAGAGUCAAGUCAGCCUUGACCUGGCCUUGGCUGAGGCCACCAUUCCAUUGCAGAGACAAAGGUCAAAAGCUUCAAGUGCUGAAUCAACAACUCACAAAACAGAAUCUGUUACUAAAAACACUAGUCAAGUAGAAACAAAAACCAUUACCCAAAGUGCCUCACAGAGAGCACUGACCAAUCAGAAGUCAGAGAGUGAAGAAUCAGGGAAAACUGAGGAUGUUCUUGGAAAAUGGCUGUCAGGGAUAUUUCCUUAUGUUAAGUCUCUCUACCUUCAGGUGGAUGUGAAGUGUUGUUGUCUGUUCUUGAGCUCAGCCAGUGUGAUGGUAUCAGAGCCCAGCUCCUUCAUACCCCUCAACAUCAGAAAAGCCAUGUUUGAAAACCCCACCACAGAGACAAUUGUGUUCUGUCUCCCCAACCUCAAGUUGUACAGCUCUGGUGGGCGGUCUCUGUCCAGGGGAAUGGACAUCCCUAUAACUAGUCUGGAGGGACCACUGAAAGGUGAGAGGUUGCCAUGGCAGAUGAGUUUGGAUGACUUUAGUGUGUACUCCCUCCAUGGGUCAGACAUCCACUCACUGGUCAAGCCAGCUUCGGUCAGUUGUACAGUAGCGGUCACUUCUAAGUACGAUCCUUUGUCCUCAGAUAAUAUCUCAGCACUUGGUCUCUGUCUACACACAGACAUGAAAGCAGUGACCCUUUCUUGUUCCAAACCUCAGGUUAAGUUAUGUGCUCGACUGGCAAUGAGUCUACUGGACAUGGGUACAGAUGUCAGGUCUCUGAUGAAAGAUCUUUUACCCAAACCUGUAGAGAAAGCCAAGAAGGAUGAAAACCCAGAGACACCCCCUGUAGUAGAACCAACCAGCAAUAAGUCUAUUGUAGAAGAUGUUCUGCUAUCAGAAACAGAGACAUCUGGUGAGAAUAAAUCAAGGGGGACAACUCCAAGCCAGGACCUGGAAUAUGAUGGAUACAGUAAAGACAGGGUUAGGCUGUCCCUAUGGCUCCAGUGGACCCUCCCUAAACUAGAGCUCAGGUUCUACAAACAUGAUAAAAUCACAAAUCAAGAAAAUAGAGUAACAGUACAAAUUGAGGAUAUCGCAUUAUCUGUUGAUGUUCAGGAAAUAUAUGCUAAGGUCAAGGUCACUUGCAACUCUGCUAAUGUUCAUCACUUUGACAGGAAAAUGCCCAAAAGUAAAAAUGAGCUGACCCACUGGGAAGAAGGUCCUUUCCUGGGCAUUUUAAUGAGUUGUAAAAAAGAAAUCUCAGAUGACAUUCAGAUUUUGUCUCACAAAACUGGUUUCCAUUCCCAGCAUUCCACGUUACAUAAAACUGGAGAGUCCCAGUCAAGGGACGUAACUCAUGGCUUCCUCAACUUCACCUUCACGCGUGCCUUAUGUAAGAACGUUGCCAAAAAGAUGAGGAAGCUAAAUGCAGACCUUGCAGCUUUUGAGGAAUUUGAGAAUGAGGCUGUCCGUUAUGAUCUAUACUUCCAUAAACACAUCUCAGAGAUGUGCCUGAACACUGAACCCUGUGAUUUUAUCAUGUACAUUCCAGCAGUGCAUACUGUUUUAAACAGCUUUGAAUCUCUAAUACACCCUAAAAAAUCUACCUCUGUGCCAAAGCCAGUUCAAAUACCAGAAAUACCAGCUCAUCAGAAGGAAAAUCUUCCAGUGUUAACCUCCAGUUCUCUCCCUUUGUUGUAUGUUACGAUUAGUAAUGUAAGAGUCUUCAUUCCCAAAACAUCUCCAGUGGAGCAGAAAGGUCAUGACCUAGCUCUGAUCAUUCUACCGGAAAUAGCAGUGAAUCCACAGGUGGAUAAUCCAUUACCGAGAUAUGCUGUGGAGAGAGAGAUCUAUCAUAAGGCCAUGCAGUUAAACCUGACACAACAACCGGGGUCAGCCAUUGAGAAUCGACAGUACCAGAUCGAUAUCCAGGGACUUUCUAUAUGUACAGGAAAAUGGGGAGAUUUUCUUCAGCAGACACAUUCAGAGAGGCAAAAAGACUUGGUCAAGCCAAAGAUCCAGAUACCAGCUCUGGAAUGGAAUACUGUUCUCAAACCUUUCAGUGAUGAACGUGAACCUAUCAAGUUGGUGCCCAUUCUGUUUAGAUUGGACAUGAAGAUUGUGGCUGCUCCAGCUAUUGUUUACAUCUCACAGAGAACUGAUAUUCAACCUGUACAGAAGAUUUUAGUAUGUGGACAUUCCUUGGAAGUCAAUGUAACAAACAAGCUUAACAUCUAUGCUGGGACAAGUCAGAUCAAACUCUUUGAGGACCUAGCUCUAUCUGCCUUGUCAAGCUUGUCAGGGAAACAAAGCAGACGAGAAAAACAUUCCAGAAAGAGUCAGCCAGGUGCCCCCACAAAAUCUGAGGUGUCGGUGGACAGCGGACUUGGUAGUGAUGUAUCAUCGGUGAGGUCCCCAGGGAAAACCAGAACAGAGAGAACUUCUGUAGUUGAUCAUGGUCUAGGGUCUCGGUCCGUCACACCUUUUGACUUAUUACUGACUGCUAAUGUUGUGUCCUGUACACUGUUCAGAAACCAGGGGACAGAGAAACGUGUGGAUCUAGAAGAUGAUGUGGUGAUAAUUGAUAAAGCUGAUGUGGCAGACAUGGGAUCAGAGAAAAAUUCUAAAGUGAAAGAGAGGAAGGAAAGUACAGGAGAUUCGUGUCACGAUCCUGUUAUACCAUUCUUACAUUUGUAUCUAUGGCAACCUCAUACAGUGCUUUCCUGUCACCAUGAUACCCAGAAGUUUGAAAUUUCCUGCUAUGAUAUUUCCUUAAAAGGACCCCAUAAAAAUAUCACUCCUACAGAUUUAUCAAAGCAGUUACCCAACUGGUCGACAUACGGUGUGAGCUGGAUUGAGACCAGACCAGGAGAACCGAAUCCCAAGACAGGAAUCCCUCCAAGUUUGUGCACGCUGUCUGUUGCAGACUUAAUGAUGGAACGGGCUAAGAUUGGAGUCAAGGUGGAGAGACCAGUGAAAGUCAACCUUAGUCUGGACAAAGUACAGCACAUUCAGAAUUUCCUCAGUGAUAUUAUUGUAUCAUAUCCGUGUGAUCAGAGCCCAGAGGGACCAUCCAACAUGGAGGGGGCAGCCCCAGGAGGUACAGAAAAAUCUGGGCCACCAACAAGGGAGACAACAACUGCAAGUUCAGAAAGAAUACAAGCUGUGCUAUCAAAGAUUGGAAGUGUGGAUGUGGUAUGCAAUCAGAUGGUUGUAGCCAUGGAAACUGACUGUGUUGAUGAGCAUGCUCAGUUAUUCAGUAGUGUAGAGGAAAUCCAGCUGGAGGUCAACCUGAUUCCUAAUCAGCAAAAUCCAGAUAAAACAGAGGGCCUGACAGCAGACUUGUAUUUCUGGGAUUUAACUGUCAGCACUGGAUAUAGAAAUAAAACCUGCCCCUUUCUGGGGCCCCUCAGCUUAGCCGCUGAUGCUGUGGUCAGAUUCUAUGAGGACGAUUGUUUGACCCCUUUGUCUCUACCCAGAGUGGUCACUUCUAUUACUGUAGAACACAUACAUAUCUCAUUUGGUCAGGAGCAUGUAAAAUGUUUCAAAGUGAUUGGGGAUAGUUUAAAGAAAUUCAUUGAUCAGUUGCAAACUGUAAGUAAGAAAAGUAAGGACCCCCCAGACCUUAAGAUGGAAUCUGAGGGGGCACCUGUCGAGUCCUUAUUGGUGGCUGAAGAGUUCUCCAAGGAUGAUCUGAGAACUGGAAAGUUCCAGUAUGUAAUGAAUCCAGAUAAUGGAGUGAUGUUCCCAGCAGCAGGACAGAUUGUCUUCUGUAACGAGGACCACAAUGAUGAAGCCAGUAUGACAUGGAGUUACAGUCAGCCAAGAGUUAUCUCCCAUAUGUCAUUCACUCCCAUUCCAUUCAACUUACCACAGAACUUCCCCAGUAAAGCAGAGGAAAAACAGAUAUUGGUGCCAUGUGCUUUGCAAUAUUAUGAUGUGGUCACAAAACAGUUUGUGACCUACAUACAGUUUGAUCUGUCAGAAAACUUAGAUACCGUGCUGGAGCUUCCAGAGGUCAAAGUUCAUCUUGUGGGGGAUCUAGUGGUUGCCAAGAUGUGGAGGGUGCUGAUUAAAUAUAACCAAAUUUUCUGUCCUGGUCAUGAACUGACAGAAGAGGACCUCCCAGAUAGAAGUUCUAUCUUACUUCCCACCUCCCUGGCCGCCUCAGUGAAGAUUGAUUCCAGUUACCUCCCCUGUCUUAUCCCAGUCCUCCAGUGUUAUGUUAAUGUCAGUCUGGUGGGCGUUCACCUGUAUAACCACUUCAGGUGUUUGGGAUCAGGUGUUCCCAGUAAAUUACACCCUUUUGUUUUUGAUGGAAAUCUUCCGGAGGACCAAAUGUUCACUGCCCUGACCUUCAGAAACUCCUCCCUACAGGUCAGACACCUGGUUGGGGACUUCAGGAGGACUGCUGUACAGCUGAGUGGGUCCGCUAGUGUACAGGUGACAGAUUAUGGCAAUCUUACAGAUCAUGAUGUCAUCAAACCUUUUAUUUUCUAUGGAGACCUAUGUUUACUUCCAGAAGACAAAAGGACUCAGCAGUUGGAUUGUAACCUGACAGUAGAUCCAGUGUUUAUCAGGUUUGGAAAGGGAGCUUUACACACUCUGAACCGCUCACUUCAGGCGUGGAAUCAGGUGUCUGGUGUCACAAAAGAAACAGAUAGAGUGAUACUCAGUCACUAUAUUAUAUGUAACGAUACAUCUCAACCAAUCAGAUUUGGUCAGGUUGGAACUGAUGAAAACAUUGUCCUGGAAUCUAGACACAUGCACUGUUACAGCUGGAGAAGUCAGAAAGCAAAACAGGAGUUCCAUCUGUGUGUUGAUGGUAAGGUGUGGAAGUGGUCAGAACCAUUUGACAUAAACACUGUUGGUAGUGUAGUCCGGGUCAUGAAGACGUUUAAUCAACAGCAGUCCCUGAUCAUUACUGUCAAACAGAUAUCUAAUGUGCAGAAACAGGUGACAAUUCAUGGACAGCUGAUGAUUGCCAGUCACAUGUCCUUACCAUUAAAUGUAAGGAUCUUCUACUCCACUUCAGAGUCUGAGAUGAACCAAUCAACAAUCAUGCUUCACCAGAGAGAGACAGGCCCCUCCCACAUCCUGGAACCAGAGCAUAUCAAGUACAUUAAAGUACGAGCACACCGAGGGCCAGUGGAUGAUUAUGAUUGGUCCAGUGAAGUUUAUGUGUCAGCAGAGAAGCUCACAGACAGUAGGACAGUGAUGAUUACAAUGCCAGACAAGAGUAAGAUACAUAUCUGGUGCCAUGUGAUCUGUCAACAUGUGAAGAGCUCCUCCCGUGUAACAGUUUUGUUAUGUCCCCUGUACGUGAUAAGAUCUCAGCUACCUCGACAGCUAAUCGUUCACAUAGAAACUCCCAGCAUGCAACAGACACGGCAGGUCAAUGUUCCUGGAAAAGGGAGAGAACUCCAGCUGGAAUGUCUAGGGGCUGCUUACAGUCAUAAUCUCACCUUCCAGCUCAGUCAGGGUUUGGAGAAAUCUAGUUCUUCAGUGACCUUGACUACAGGACUUAUAAAUCAAAUCACAAGGUCAUCACCAUCAAAAAUAGAUGUGGAGGCUUUCACUCAAACUUGGAGGAAGGAGGAUGGAGAUCACUGGCCCUAUUGUUUCACAGAUGUUGCCAAAGAGCCCCCUGGAAUAUUCUACUGCCCCCCAGAAUCUGCUCCUGAUUCUAAUCACCAGUCAUCAGAGGGAACAGACCCCAGGGAUUUUGACCUGAUUGUGUCCCAGCCCAGCCUUGACCUACAUGUCAACCUCUCUGAGUACUGGCCAGGCUGUGGCACACUGCUGGUUGAUGUGUCGCCAUGGUGUCUCAUGACAAACCAAACUGACCUUGACCUAAUGAUAGUAGAACAAAAUGGCACAUCUUGGCAACUUCCAUCCAAAAAGACAUUUACACCACCAAAGUUCAAGACAGAGUUUGUGAUUGGUGUGGUGUUUGAGGGGUCUGCCUUUUACACCAGCCCAAUUCCUCUUUCUGAUGAGGAAGUAGAACUACAAUUAUACAGACCAGACAAAGGGAGAAUACUCUUCAUCGAUGGAUAUCUUCAAACCAGAAUCCUUAUCAAACACCCACAGAAAAAUCAAAUCUGUUUCCUGACCCUGCAGUCAUCAGUAAAGAAGAACAUGAGAAUAAUUGUGAUAACAGAAACCUUUAACCUCUGUAAUCUGACCCCUAACCCCAUGACUGUGUCACUCAAUGCCAUUCCAGUCAGUAACAAUAAGGUUAAUUUAGCACCGAGUUCCUCAUCAAACAUUCAAAGUCACCUGAAGUGUAAAAAGGACCAAACAGACUUCUCUCCCUUGUUAACAUGGAAUGCAUUGGAAAGUACAGAUGUUAAAGAAGAAAUCUUUUCUCACUAUAUCUCCAUAAAAACCAUCCAAUCAAACAAGAGCUCUGAUCUUCCGGAGACACACAGUGAAAGCAUUUCUGAUUGGUCACAUCCAGUGAGAAUGAUAGCCACAGAGAAGGGAACUAAGCUUACAUUAGCUGUGCCUACCACUGAUGGGGAUCUCCACACCAGACCAGUGUGUGUUACAGGGUUCUUCAGACAGGGAAUCCAUUAUUAUGUGGUCAGGGAGGAUGAGUCCCCCUCCUGUCUGAUCUACAAUAAGACCACAUUCCCUCUCUGUUACGGACAUCAAAAUCUUGCUCUGCUCACUGCAGGAAUUGUUGUUCAGGAGGAGACUGAGUUAUUGAGUUCUCUACCUACCAUUCCACCUCACAGAAAUGUGUUCUACACACCAUUACUGAUGAACCAGAGAUUUUCAGAAAAUGUGGGGGACCUCAAAUUUCCUAAACUACACUUUGGAGUAAUGAAAAACCAAGGGAAGCAAUCUGAAACUGUUAAAAAAGUUGUAUGGAGUAGUGCUAUUGAUGUCAAUUCAGAUAUGGAAUCUUUUGUGUCCAUUCCUGGAUCAUUGGAUAUUAAGAUCAAGGUUAAAAGUGUUGCCAUGGUAACACAUAUCAUCGUGGAAGCAAUAAGUAAAGCUGAAGUAUCAGCCAGGGAGAUCAGAAGUAGGAUCAAAACCGAGAAAACUGAAGCCCCACCUGACAGCACUUACGAUAGCCAAGAGGAUGAGUCCAUCAUCCAGUCUCUGGAAACUGCAGCUAUGGCAUCAGGAGCUCAUGAGGGAAGUUCAAAAAGAAAACCUCAGAAGAGUAAAAUAGAUGUUGUAUUUGGACUCCACUGCCACCAUGUGUGUGUGGUGCUACAGGAUGAGACCAGUUCUACAGAGGAGAUUUCUGAAGUUCUCCAGGUCUCUGUUGAUCACUUGUUUCUGGCUCACCUUCCCUCAUCUGGGUCAAGGUCAAACAAAAAUUCUAAAGAUCAAGAUCAGCAUCAGUGUUUGUCACUGUGUCUUGGAAGCUUGCAGGUUGAUAAUCAGCUUUACCUGACCAAGGGACUGUAUGAUUUCCCUGUUGUUUUUAUGGCACAGACUCCAGUGGAGUUUCCAGAUGUGGCUGGUAUGAAUGUAAUGGAGAAGCUGGCUGUUCUGAAGUCUGUGAGUAUGUGUCAUGUACAGGGGGUGAUGGAACAUGACUGUCUGACACACAGCCUGGUGAAGUCCCUAGAAGUCAGUAUUUCUCCAAUCACUGCCAACAUCAAUGACAAGUUUGUGUACAGGAUUCUCAAGGAGUUUGAUAUUCUCAUUCCUACCAGUCUUUCAUAUCCUACCUCAAGGAAGCAAACUGUAAAGAAACUACCCAGGUCUUUCAAAUCUUCCUCAGUUGUCCUGAGUUCUCCAGUUAAAAUAGAACACCUGUGUAUCAAACCUGUAUCUCUCCUUCUCAGUGUACAUGCCUCACUGAAGCUGUUUAUUGCUUCAGACCGGACUCCACUAGCUUUUGGAAAGUUUGAGAAAACUAAAGUUGUGACAACAUCUUAUCAUCUGAUCAGAGCCCUGGCGAUGCACUAUGCAUCAGGUGCUCUCUUUAGAGCAGGCAUUGUUGUUGGAUCUCUGGAGAUUUUAGGAAAUCCGACCGGACUGAUUCGCAGUAUAGGGACCGGGGUAGCAGAUCUAGUGAAGAAACCAUACGCUGGUCUAACACAAGGUCCCGGAGCUUUUGUCAGUGGCGUAUCUAGUGGAAUGUCUUCAUUUGUCAGGAACAUAUCAGCAGGUAUGCUGACAUCGGUGACAAACUUUGCAUCCAGCGUAUCCAGGAACAUGGAUCGCCUGUCUCUAGAUGAAUCUCAUGUGGAGCGGCAGGAGGAGAGGCGUCGCCAGCAGCCAGACGGGAUAUCCAGCGGACUCCGACAAGGGCUUACAGGAUUUGGACUCAGUGUACUUGGAGCAGUAGCUGGUUUGGCAGAUCAGCCAAUACAGAAUGUCAUCCAAUCAGAAAACAGCAGUGAACGGACUGCCAGAGCAUCGCCAGCCUCAGGGAUUGUGAAAGGGGUCGGCAAGGGAAUUCUUGGAGUGUUCACUAAGCCACUAGGUGGUGCUGCAGAGCUUGUGUCACAAACAGGACAAGGGCUUCUCCAUGGAACGGGACUAGCAGACCAUGUUCCUCUUCCAAGAUAUGAUGCGGAUGUUGUUAUUACUUCAUUAUCAAACAACAGUGAAUCUAAAUAUGUCAUAAAAUUCCUGAACUCCUUGCCUAAUGCCCAGCUGUGGUCAUUGGUUGAAGCAGACCUCAUUGACAUCACAGAUUCAGAGGUCAGAGUUCAUCUCUUGCUCACAAGAGAUCUGCUCAUCAUAAUAAACCUAGAGGAUGAUUCCCAGCAACAGGCAUUUUCAUUGGCUGAAAUAGAUAUAUGUAAUAAAACCACCAAUGAGCAGUUCCUUACCAUUCUGUGGAAGGAUUCCAUGCAACUCCAUACAUCAGAUCAGCCUGUUGGUGGCAGUAAGGAUCGAGUAGAAGCGUUUAUUGAUGGCACCAGUGGAUACGUCCAGGUAUCUCCUCCAGACACGCCCCCAUUGGAUGACAGCCAAUCAGAUUCCUCGACUUCACCAGUCAGCAGGAAGGCAGAAUCUCCCAAAUACAACUUUGUGAUACACCCCGAAAUCAAAAGUGCUUUUGUGGCUCAGUUUAAUUUACUCAAGAAAAGGAUCAUGCAAAGGGGUUUUCAUUUCAUGUAAAAUCUUCUAUAUCAUACUUGACAGAACAGAGCAAUAAUAUUGCCUGAUCAGUGUUAAGUGUGAAAGUUUAGUGUGCAAGACCCAAUAUAUCAGUAUUGUUAUAUGUAAAGUAGCUUAUUUAUUUUUUUUUACAGAUAUACUCAUUAAUGUUCUUACAAUACAUGUACUUCAAUUUAAAUUAUGAAUACAAUGAAAAACAUUCCAUGUCUUGCUGGAUCUCAAAUGUUUUAGUAGGUCAAUUAAUGGUUUCAUUUCAAAAAGGUGGUUAUAACUAUGAAAGUCAUUUGGUGUUUUGGUAUAUAUAUAGGAGACGUUUUUACAGUUUUCAUGUUGCAUAGUUUUUUACGAUAUGAAGAUUUUCAACAGAUCAUAUAAUAAAGGAAUUUUAAUUAAAAUAUGAAGAAUGUUUUUGUUUAAAAUCUAAAACAAAGUUUUAGCAACUGUUAUCUAUUAUUCUAAACCUCAUAUUUUGAGAAAUUUGUGCCGUUUUGUUCACAAGGCUAAAUUCAUUUUAAGAUGUUACAUGCAUAUAUACAUGUAUAUGGGCAUAUACGUUGUAUUUAGAUCAUAGGCUUUACAUAUUAAAUAUAAAAAUGAAAAUAUUUAGGGUGUUGUUGCCUGGAGAAAACAAUUGUAAGGUUAUCUAAUAAUGGUUUUUGUUUUGAUUUAAUGAUUGUGAGAGAUGUUUGUUUAUAUUUUAAACACACUGUUAUAUAAAUUAUAGUUGUUAUGGUUUCUUGUUACAGGUAUUUUAUGUUUAACACUUAAUCAGUACACUUUUGUUGAAAAUCACUUGAUCACUGAUUAAUUAACUCUGGAACUGUUCUUCAGAAGAUUCUCUCCAAGGAAAGGGAAACUCAAAUAUUCUCUCACAAAAAUGUAUAUUUUACCAGAAAUUUCUAGUUGAAAGUUAUGGACUCAUAUCUGUCAUUCAGAGACCAAUGUUAUUUGUAGGGAAUUCUUUGUGUAUGUGAUGCUGUGAUCGUUUAACCAAGAUCUUUUAUUUAUGGAUAUUUAGUAACUUGGGUAUUCAGCAUAAACCUGCUUCAAAUGUUACGUUUGCUCAUUUUGCCAUUGAUGUGCAAUACCAGGUGAUUUUAUUUAUAUUUUUCCAGUACUCUAAGUACUGCUCUGUUGCUUCAGGAGUAAUAAAUUAUUUUAAUUCAAAA